CAAAGGCCAGUGUCUCUUCUAAAGGCCAGAGUCGUCUCUUCUAGCUCUAGCCAAAUGAAAAAAAAGAAAAGAAAAGGCAAGUGUCUCUUUGUAACAUAAAAACAAGAGACAGACCACAUGUCCUGUGAAACAAGAAUCAGAUUCUUAGCAUACCCAACAAUCAAUACACACAAUGUGUCGUUAUUAGAAUAUAUAAUUUUGACACAAUCGAGUAGCUGCAGCCUGCAGAGAAUAGUUCUUUCCUUCACCUUGCAAACUUCGUAAUUUCGUCCGGUUCAAGGCACGCACUGUUUCAUUAAGAUCCUCCAUCUUAUAUAUAAAAAUCACAUACAUGGGUGCAUUCAAACGUACUCCUAUACUUAAACUCGUAGAUUGUUUUACUUACAUAAUUAUAAUUAACUGCUGAUUGGUUCUUUACAUUUGAUAUGGCGUUGAACUGGGGACCAGUCCUAAUGUCGGUGAUUCUGUUCAUCGUAUUGACCCCCGGAGUAUUGUUUCAGUUUCCUGGGAAGACCAAAGUGGUUGAGUUUGGCGGUUUUCAAACAAGCGGCGGAGCCAUUGUCAUUCACACUCUCAUCUUCUUUGCCUGCAUCACAGUCUCCCUCAUCGCUCUUCAUAUCCACAUCUACGCUGCCUAAUCAUCGUCCUCUUGUGUCCCUCUCGCGGCCAGCUGCAUCAUUAAUUUUUCCCUUGUCUUUUCUCUGUUUUGAUUUCUGAUUUCCAUUUAAGUACUUUGUACUAGAGUUACAAUGACUCCUUUCUCUUGAUUGUUGCUGUUUUUUUUAAGAAAAAAAAUUGUUUUGUUAAUUUUAUAUUUCCUAUA